AUGUCAAGAGCCAAUAAGAAUUGGAAUAGUCUAUAUUCUUACAACCAAGGGUUUGUCUACCUACAUUUGAAAAACAAUGAUUUACUAAAACUACGAUUCAAUUUGAAUGGGCUGUUUACUGAGGAGAAUAAUUUGCAAAAUAAUCAACAAGUUACUACUUUGACCCCACCACCAAACAAUUCGACAUUGUUUAUAUUGAAUGAUGAACUUUAUGGACUUAAAAAGAGCGAUUCAAGUCAGGACAGUGACAUAUGUGGUGACGGAAGCUUUGCCAUUGUGAAAUAUAGCAACGAAUCCUGGGACAAUGAAGUUGAAUUGGAUUUUGACAAAGUGGCUGACUCUUCAUUUUAUCAAUAUUCUACAGUCUUGACCAACAGUGAUACUUCAGAUUUACUAUACAUAUAUGGUGGAUUAUGUGGAAAAACCAAUGAAGCGACAAACAGAUUGGUAUCGGUCAAUGUAACCUCUGGUCAAGUUAGCAAUAUCACCACUUCAACGAAACCGCAACCAUUUUAUGGAGCUGCAAAUAUUAUUGCGCCAAAUGUCCAGUCACAAUUGAUUAUAGGUGGUGAGCUGAAUAGUGGAUGGUUGAACAUGUAUCAGCUAGCGACAUGGGACUUUAAUUCCGGUUGGUCUUUUAAACCAGUUGAUAAAAUGGAUGACAUUACAAUCAACACGCGCACUUUUCCAUUGACCCUUCCAUUAUUUGAGCCAUUUGCACAAACCGAUAGCAUUUCCAAUGAUUUUCACAUUGAUCAGGUGUUGAUGAUUGGGGGUGAUCUCAAUGGUGAAGAAAGUACACCAAAGUAUGCCAAAUUGCAAAUGAAUACGAAUGAUUGGAAAUGGAAUGCCACAGAAGCAGAUGGGUUUCAAUUAGACGAAGUUUUGGGUGCCGCUACUAUAUUUUCGACAUUGGUCGUGAUUAACUCGACCACAAAUUUAAACGAUAAACGUAUGGUUAGUCAAGAAUACCAAGUCAAUUUAUACGACGUCGAUACAUUUGAACCUGUGGACAAUGUCAAAGAAAACACAAAACCAUUGAAUAUAACAAGUGAUACCCACUCAAGCUCCAAAUCCAACAAUAAAGAAAAGAUUAUUUUGGGAACGGUACUACCGAUCUUUUUUGUAUCUUUAAUCACGGGAGUUCUUGUAUUUUUCUACAUGUAUAAAAGGAGGAAAUCAAAAUCACAAGAAGAGAACCCCGCUUAUAAUGAAAUUGACUAUAAAUUUGAUUAUGUUGAUCCACCAGCUUCGUUUUCUGCUGGUAACCAUCAUCUAUUACCACUAUAUUUGCACGAUGAUGACUCGAACUCAACAUUGAGCGGUGCUGCAUCAAUUGAUUCAUGGAUGAAAAAGAGGCAAGAUUUUGAUAGAGGUAGACUAAGAAACAGUUAUCUUGCUUCAAAUGAAACUCUAAACACUGUUGAUGAUGAAGAGAGUCAUGCUGGUGAUGAAAAUCAGGAGCAAGAUGAGGCAAUAACAAGGUCAACGACGAUGCUGGAAGUAAAAAGCUUGCGACCUAGCUUGGAUCCAAAUAAUCCCUUUGUACACAAAUCCGUGCGUAACUUACGCAAAUCGUUCAGCUUUUCCCAAACUCCACCAACGAGUCCGGUAAUGAAGAAUAAAGAACAAACGAAGUUUAAGAGUAAGCGGUUGACCAAGUCAGAGCAAUUAAUGGGAAGCGAUUUGAUUGACGAUGAGGUAGUUACGGAAGUUGCCAAAACUGCCUCGAGACUACACAAUGGCGCUAACUUCGAUGCCAAAUCGAUUGACGAUGAUAUGGAUGUACAAGUAUUGGUUAGCAGUAAAAGAAGAUCGAUUUUGAAAAUCAUGAACCCGGAUACUGCCAGCGGUGAUACUGACUCAAGUAGUUAUCAGACUGAGCUGUUGUUGCAAAAUGAUAAUAUUGACGGAGAAACUACUAAUGAGAUUGAUAUAGAUCGUCCACAAGAAAGAGAUACCAUUCUCAGACAAAGGAUUCCAUCGGGAUCAAAGGAAUGA